AACAAACCAGUGCAGUGUUGUGUUCACAACCGGGAACGAUGAACGCAUGCAAGCCGUGCCUACUAGAGUACGGAAAGAUACCAAAGUUAUCGAUAUAUUUUUGUAAAAUAUUCGGGUUCGUUUCAAUGAAGUAGUGUUGUGUCGAGGUUGGUCAGUGCGUCGUCUUUGAGGCGUUCUGUCUAGUGUUUAUGUGGAAUAGUAUCGAGAAUUUAAGCGGUAUUGCAUUACAGAAGUGUAAAACAAAGCAAACAUGAUGGAGGAACUGAUACCCCCGUCAGAGGCCGGAGAUGACAAGAUAUCAACCAGUGGAAAUAGUCGCCACUUCUCCAGAACGAGAUCCACAGACAGCAUGAUACAAUUCGAAGAAGAUUUAUAUUCGGACGAGAUGCAAAAGCCUCGCUACUGCAAAGGAAUAUAUUGUCCAUCAAUUACUUCUACUUUUAAGACUCCCAGCAUAGAACUGUCAUAUCAAAAGUACUCUCGGAGGCAGCGACAGAAAUCCCUGAUGAUGGUCAACCUCGUCGAUUUAGCUCUCAAAAUAUCACUGGCUGUCAUUUAUACAAUCGAAGAUAAAGAUAGAGGCAAAAAGCUAUCCAUCGUACCGAUAAUAUGUACCACGGCGUUCGCUGCCCUGAACCUGAUCAUCUACCUGCUGUGCUGGUGGCGGCGCUUCGCUAGCAACCACUUGCAUUUGGCAGCCAUUGCUACCUGGGUCCUGCUCAUCGUUCAAGGUCUUUGCAAGCAAGGCAUCGGCUACCACGAAGACCAGAACCAAGUAUGGUACAUGCUGUUCAUAAUCUUCCUCCCAUACGCGAUGUUCCCUCUGUCUUUAUGCUGGUGUAUCACCCUCGGAGUCAUGUCCGGGAUGGCGCAGAUCGUGGCCACCCUCAUAUACAUCAAGGAAAAGAUUGAAUCGGAAACUAGAGCUGCUAACUGUCUUGUUAAUAAAUACACAUGCAGUCUUCGUAUUUUCACCAGUAAUAUUCUGCUGUACGUAGCUGUGAACUUCGCCGGGAUGUACGCCAAGUCUCUCGUUGAUUGGGGCCAGAGAAAAGUGUUCUUGGAAACGCGCAAAUCCAUGAUCACUUUGGAGAAGACUAAAAAGGAGAGUGAUAGGCAAUGGAACCUUUUUCAGAGCGUGAUACCAGACUUCUUAGCGAAGAAGAUCUCCAGCCACGUAGCGGCUAUGACCGGCGGGGAGAUACAAGAGCAGCAGUUCAGCCGACUGGUGGACGUCGUUCAACAUCAUCAGGACGUCUCCAUAUUGUUUGCUGAUAUUAAGGGAUUUACUGAACUCUCAAGCAAAUACAGUGCGCAGGACUUAGUAGUAUUACUAAACACGCUGUUUGCUGGCUUCGACAAGUUGGCUGCGGAGAACAACUGCGUUCGCAUCAAGUUGCUGGGUGACUGCUACUACUGCGUGAGUGGUCUACCGGAACGAAGAGAAGACCACGCUCACUGCUGCGUGAACAUGGGCCUGCACAUGAUACGCGCCAUACGAGAGGUGCGGAAAGCCAUGAAGGCGCCGUCUUUGCCGACUAUUGAUGUGGACCUGGACAUGCGUAUCGGUAUACACAGCGGGAAGGUGCUCUGCGGAGUCCUGGGGCUGCUUAAAUGGCAGUUCGAUCUGUGGUCUCGUGACGUCACUCUCGCCAACCACAUGGAGAGUGGCGGUAUACCUGGUCGCGUACAUAUAUCUUCAGCUACCUUAGAGUGUCUGAAUGGGGCAUUUGAAGUGGAGCCAGGAGACGGUGGAUCACGAGAUCCAUUCCUCCGGGAACAUCAUCCUAACACGUACUUCAUUAAGUGCAAGGAACAAGAGCUAGUAGACGAACUCUUCGAAAAAUACUCACGGAGUAAUAGCUUGCCGGCACCGACUCAGCUUACUUGGGAAUCACCUUCGCGUCGACCCAGCAGUACCAUGGAGGAAUGGACGCCCAAGAUGCCCUUCGCAGACUGCUAUGACGGUGAAUUUGACUGCAAGGAAGACCUGAUUAAAGAUGUGCCAACCAUGUCUGAAGUUGAGGAAACCGACUUAAUAAACCACUUGAUAGAGAUGAAGUCUAUGCAAAGGAUGCGCCUACGUUCCAUGUACGGUUGGACCCUGAAGUUCAACCGACCCACGCUGGAGGCGCAGUUUGGCAGACUGGACGAGGAGACCUUCAAGUCUAAUGUUAUGUGCUGUUUAGUGCUGUGGCUGUUUGUCGUGGCUGUACAGACUCUCGUUAACUACAACUGCGAGGACCUCGUAAAAAUCCUAUUCACAAUGACGAUUCCCCUCACCCUGUCUUUCGCGCUGGUGAUGAUGGAAGAGUACCCGAAUGUGAACCAGUUCCUCUACAAUAUUUCCAAAAGGCUGAACAAUAUGCGCCGGUUCAAAAUGGUCCAUAUCUGCUGUUUCAUCUCCAUCAUGACUAUAACGAGCACCGUGAAAUUGUAUACCUGUCCGAUGUUAUUGCGGGAUAAAACUCCAAGAUUUCUAUCUGCAUCCAUACCUAAAGUAGCCUGCAACGAUACAAUCACUGCAUCUUUGCCUCCAGACGAGUGCUAUCGUCCGGAGUACGUGGUGUUCACGUGGGUGCUGUGCCUGGUGGCACUCACCUCCGUACUCAGGCUGUACUUCCUCGUCAAGGCGCUGCUGGCCACCGUCAACGUGAUCAUGUACUGCAUCCUGCUCAUCAACUACUACGAUUAUUAUAAAAACGAGAAUGAAUUACUUCCAUCACAGAUGCUGGUACUAAUGAUAGGGUUCCUAGGGGUGGUGGUCAUUCAUGCACGGUUGUUAGAAGUCAUAUCCCGACUGGACUUCCUAUGGAAACUGCAAGCGAAGACUGAUCUCGACGAGAUGGAGUACACGCAACGGCUAAACAGACAUUUGCUUAAAUACAUACUGCCAGAUCACACGGUCAAUUAUUUCUUGAGUAAAGAUUGGCAUCCGAAUAACCUUUACUCUCAAGUCCACGAGGAAGCCGGAGUGAUGUUCGCAUGUAUCGCUAACUUUGACGAGUUUUAUUCGGAGAAGAAUGCGCUCAAAUGUAUGCGUGUGCUCAACGAGAUAAUAUUUUCCUUCGACAAGCUGUUGCUGCAACAAAAAUAUAAGAGUAUAGAGAAGAUCAAGACAGUCGGAGCUACGUAUAUGGCUGCUUCAGGACUCAAGUGUGACAACGUGUCACGAGACCGCGAGGGACAUUUAUGCACGCUGGUGGACUUCGCAAUGGAUCUCCAGGAGACUAUCACUAAGAACAGCGAGUACGGAUUCCGAUUAAGAAUAGGUAUUGGUUGUGGUCCCCUAGUUGGUGGAGUCAUAGGUGCCUCGAAGCCAGUGUACGACAUCUGGGGCAACACCGUCAACGAAGCUUCACGCAUGGAGACCACGGGAGAAAUGGACAAGAUACAAACCACUGCAUAUACUAAAGAGCUUCUGAGCAAGUACUACCAGAUGGAACGACGAGGAGAAAUCAACGUCAAGGGCAAAGGAAUAAUGGAAACCUGGUGGGUGGUAGCGAAGACGACUACGUAUCCUGGACUGAUUCCUCCGACGGAUGACAGGCCGGCCAUGCCUCCGCGGUCGCUGGCUGCCCUGGUGUCCUCCAUGAUGCAGUCUCGCAAGCGCAUCUAUACGCACCCACUUGAUGCUGCUGCUACACCUAAAAGAAACGACAGUGUGCGCAAGAAUCGCGCAGUGACCGCUCCGUGCGGCUCUCGUCCAAGCUCCACGUUGUGGCGCUUCAGACCAAGAAACGCUAAGACAGUGGGCAAUGACUCAGAUUUGGGUGAUGUCUGCAUUAGAAGAAAGGCCCCGAAUCGCGGCCCUGAUGCUCUGAAGCCGGCGACUAACGCAGGUUUUACUUUAGACGAGAAUGAACCUUCACCUGCAGCCCCAUCGACCACAGGUGCAGAAUCACGAUCAAAGGCAGCAAGUUUUUCUACCAUGUCAUCCUUCGACGGUUCGGCAGGCUCUUUGCGUAUGCGUUCCAUAACCAACGCAUUCCUUUUGAAAAACAGAGCCAAAAAUAAGAGUGACAAAGAGAAACUGUGUAUAGAAGAGAAAGAGAGCGGAGAUGCAGACAAGGAUUGUGGUACAACAAGAAGCUUACAACUAUGACUGGAGGCAAAUGAUUAGUUUAAUUAAGGAAAUAAAAUAGGCCAACAUAUGUGAAGUGGAUUUCAGUCAUACCCAGACUAUUAGCUUCUUGUUACCUAACUUCAAAAAUAAGGUUCCAUUGAAAAGGUAACAAACGAGAGGCCAAUUUCUUAAUUGAAACCAUCUUAAUACUCACCAGAACUUCACCUGUAUAUGAUUUUUUUUUAACACUAAGUUGCUUGAUAUGCCAAGAAAGAGUAAUUUGUAGGUAGUAUUUGAAUAAGGUAGUUUGACAUAUUUGCUUAGCGAA